GGUGGAUGAAGUCAGAAGUCAGCAGGACUGUCGACUCAGAACACCUCAGUUUGUAGAAAAUGGUGAAUUAGUCUCCUAGUUAUAUUAGCUGGAGAUUCAGGUGGCAGGCGGAUGUCUUAAGCUGUGUGGUGGCAACAGUAUAACUAGCAGUAACAGCAGAAGUUUGUUUGCAGGAGGCUGAGCCAGUGAUUCCUACAUGACGGUAUCUAAGAUGUCGUGGCGUUCGUCUUUCCACUGCUCCAAGUUUCGUCAUGUUUUCGGAAAACCCGCCACCAAGGAGCACAGUUAUGACGGGGUGCCAAUCACACGCAGCGUCCAUGACAACCACUACUGCUCAGCCAACCCCUGCUUCAUCGCCGUGGUGACCGAGUGUGCCGGGGGCGGGUCUUUCCUGGUUCUGCCCAUCCAUCAUACAGGCAGGGUUGACCCUCAGCACCCGAGGGUGUGUGGUCACAGAGCCAGAGUCCUGGACGUCAAGUGGAACCCAUUCGACGAUCACUGCAUCGCCUCGUGCUCUGAAGACUGCACUGUGAAGAUCUGGGACAUACCGGUCUGUGGCGUCCAACAGAACCUCACCAAGGCCAGGAAGACUCUGAUGGGUCACUCCAGGAGGGUGGCUCUGAUUGAGUGGCAUCCAACCGCCGAGAACCUGCUGCUGAGCUCCGCCUAUGACUACAAGGUCCUGCUCUGGGAUGUUUCCCAGGCAGGUGCUGUAAUCAGGCAGCCGGUCCGGGUGGUGCUGAUGCCCGUCCACCACCGCUACCCGUCCGAGGCGCUGCUCCUGUCGGUCAGCUUCAACACCGAUGGCAGCAGGCUGGCGGUCACAUCCAAAGACAGACGGGUUCGAGUCCUGGACCCACGGACGGGAAAGAUUUUACAGGUGUCCAGCGGUAAGUCGCACAGGGCCAACAAAGUUUUAUACAUUGGAGCCUUAAAGAUGCUUCUGUCCACUGGCAGCUCACCCUGGAACCACAGACAGAUCGUCCUCUGGGACCCUGAUGACUUAUCUGAGCCUCUGUAUGAAGAAGACCUGGACGGUUCUGCAGGAGUUCUCUUCCCGUUCUACGACCCGGACACACACAUGCUGUACCUGGCUGGAAAGGGUGAUGGAAACAUCCGGUACUACGAGGUGAGCGCUGAGAAACCUUACAUCAGCUUCCUGACGGAGUACAGGUCCCUGCUGCCACAGAAAGGACUUGGUGUGAUGCCAAAACGUGGCCUGGAUGUAUGUGCCUGUGAGGUUUUCCGGUUUUAUCGUCUAAUCACCAUCAAAGACCUGGUGGAGCCGCUGUCAAUGAUUGUACCACGGAAACAGUCAGGAACCUUCCAAGAGGAUCUAUACCCGAUGACAGCUGGAAACCAGGCAGCCAUGACGGCUCAGGAGUGGCUCUUGGGAAUCAACAGGGGCCCAGUGCCGAUGUCCCUGAAGCCUGGGACUCGAGUAGCCAACCCUUACCCAGAAACCCAGGCUGAGAGGGGGCUGGUGAGGCAGCUGAGCUCCCUCCGGUUCCAGAUGGGUCCAGCUGGUGGCGCUGUGAUGGGGACAGACCUGGACUUUAUAGAGCAGGCCUUCCUGGAGGAGCAGCUGGCUUACCAGGACGCCAAAUACCCCAGAGAUGUGAGCGAUCUGUCGGGCUGGCAGCCAGACGAGACCCAGAUCCCGCUGUGGACCUACUGCUGCACCCCACACUGUUGCGAACCUGCCGAGAGGCCGCCGCCGACCACCGAGAGCGAGCUGCUGCAGGCAUUUUACAGACAGCAGGAUGAGAUUCGAGGCCUGAGGGAAGAGCUCAACCAGAAAGAUGUGAGGAUCGCUCAGCUGGAGAUGGAGAUUAAAAACACCAGAAACAACAUGAGGGCCACCUUUUGACUCAACUGCUGCAAUAAACCAUCAUUUCCAACCAAUAAAAAGACACACAGCUGAUCUCUCUACAUGGCUAUUACAGUGGUUUCAUACAAAAGCUCACUGAUUCACAAUUCUACUACAAUGUGUAGGUUGUAACAAACAAAACUUUCAUUGUAGAGUUUCUCCAUGAAGAUAUUGGGUGAUUUGGUUUGAAAAAUUAACAAAAAAGAUUAAAUUUAUCUAAAAAUUUGUAGAAAGCUGCAAUUGUCUCACAUUUUUAGACCAGAUACACCCCGAAUCUCUACAACAUGCAAGGUUAACCUGAUCCAUAGAGACACAACAUUAACUGGUGACUGUAGAUGUAUAAAACUGUGCAGAACCAAAAAUAUUUAGUAUAUUCUAAUAGAGAUCAAGAAAUGAUUCUGAUGUCAGCAAUCAAAUAUCUAUCUAGGAAAUUGUUCCAUAAAGAACCUAUAUUUGCAAAAGUUUUGUGGAGCAAGAAUUAUGGCACCAAAGGAACCAUUUUUUUGAUCGGUUCUUUGAGGCACCUUUAGGGGUUUUUAAAUGACCUCUUGCCAACAGGUUCUUUGUGGAACUAGUCUGAUUCAACAGACUGUGGUUAUAAGGGCGUUUUCUAGAUCCCCUUAACUGCAGGAAACAACAACCUACAGGCAGCAACCUACAUGAAGAAAAUUAAAAUUCAUUCCCUGGAUGUUUGGAAUUGCUUUAACAUUUUGUUUUUUUUUGUAGCAGAAUGAUGUGCAGCAGAGGGUUCUACACAGCACUGAUGGAUGGUCUGUCAAUGCAAGACUGUUGUACAACUGUUCUUUAGUGUCAUCACAGCAAAGAAUAGUUUUUGGUUCAAGUCAGCAUUUUUACUUUCUUAGUACAGCCCCAACUGAAGAAAAAAAUAUUUGCAGCAGCAAAUGGUAUUCAGGACACAUUCUGAUGUUCAAAACCUGCGGAAAAAAAAGUUUGAUACCCGAUAACCUCAUAAAUCUAUUUUUUGGAGCAGAUGGGAAUUUUUUUUUUUUUUUUUUUUUUUU